CAUCAAAACCCACCUCAAUUAUCAUCAAUUUAACCCAAAAUCACUUUCCAAAACAAUUUUAUGCAAUGAAUUCAGCCUCUAAUUCUGAAAAUAUUCAAUCAAAACCAUCCCAAAAAUCAGUAAUUUAUAAAGUUCCUGCCUUGGAAACUAAUGACAUUGAUAAAAUUACAGGGCAAAUUUUCCAAAGAUACUAUCUUUCUUCUGAAAAUAAGAGAAAUGGUAAAGGGGUUUGCAUUAUAUGGUUUAGAAAUGAUUUGAGAGUGUUGGAUAAUGAAGCAUUGUUCAAAGCUUGGGCUUCUUCUGAGGUCGUUUUGCCUGUUUACUGUGUUGAUCCUCGCCAUUUUGGGACUACUUAUAGUUUUGGGUUCCCUAAAACUGGAGCAUUAAGAGCACAGUUUCUUAUAGAAUGUUUAGCCGAUUUGAGGAAGAACUUACAGAAGCAUGGUUUAAACUUGCUGAUUAAACAUGGAAAGCCUGAGGAAAUUCUUCCUGCACUUGCAGAAACCUUUGGAGCUCACACAAUAUAUGCUCAGAAGGAAACAUGCAGCGAGGAGCUAAAUGUUGAAGUACGGGUAAAUAAAGGUUUGCAAAAAGUAUCGCUUCCAUCAACAGUAGGCCAAUCUACAGCCCAAAAUGGAGCAAAGACUCCUAAAUUGCAACUUCUUUGGGGAGCUACUUUGUACCAUAAAAAUGAUCUUCCCUUUAAUGUGAAAGACAUUCCUGAUGUCUAACAAUUCCGUAAGUCCAUUGAAUCCAAGAGCAAAAUCAGAGCCUUCAUCAAGAUUCCUGCAUCACUUGGCCCUCCUCCUAAAAUUGAAGACUGGGGUACCAUUCCUUCUAUUGACCAGUUAGGGUUACAUAACCAAGAGGUAGACAAAGGUCUAGUAUUUGUUGGUGGUGAAAGCGCUUCAUUGAGCAGAGUUCAUGAAUACUUCUGGAAACAGGAUCUGUUGAAAACAUACAAGGAGACACGGAAUGGAAUGAUUGGAUCUGAAUACUCAACGAAAUUUUCUCCAUGGUUGGCUAGUGGAAGUUUGUCUCCACGCCUCAUAUACGAGGAGGUCAAGAGGUAUGAAAGGGAGAGGGUAGCUAAUGAUUCAACAUACUGGGUGUUAUUUGAAUUGAUAUGGAGAGAUUACUUCAGAUUUAUAUCAAUCAAAUACGGAAAUUCUAUUUUCCAUUUGGGUGGUCCUAGGCAUUUAGAUAACAAAUGGAGCCAGGAUACUGCAUUGUUUGAAUCAUGGAGAGACGGCAAAACUGGGUACCCACUAAUAGAUGCAAAUAUGAAAGAAUUAGCAACUACUGGCUUCAUGUCUAACAGGGGUAGACAGAUUGUUUGCUCUUUUCUUGUGAGGGAUAUGGGUAUUGACUGGCGUAUGGGGGCAGAAUGGUUUGAGACGUGUCUCUUGGAUUAUGAUCCUUGUUCUAAUUACGGAAAUUGGACAUAUGGAGCAGGUGUUGGAAAUGAUCCCAGGGAAGAUAGAUAUUUCAGCAUUCCCAAACAGGCACAGGUAUACGAUCCUGAAGGCGAGUAUGUAGCCUAUUGGUUACCGGAGCUAAGACGGCUACCCAAGGAUAAACGUCACUUUCCAGGGUUUUCGUACCUUAAACCUAUAGUGCCCCUUAAGUUUGGAAACACUGGGAAACAGGGUGGCCAAAAAGCUGGCCCUUCUCGAAGAGAUUACAGAGCUGGCGGGCCGAGAAACAAACACUUUACAAGAUAAACUGAUGCCAAAGUAACCUAUUAAAGAAAAAUAAAGAUGAAAGAAUUAGAAUUAGGAAACUAGGUGAGAGAUUUAAAUCAUACCUAUUGCUCGUCGUGUCUUCUUACACACACCUAAAGGUUACUUUUUUUUUUUUUUUUUUUGGUGAACCAAUUGAAGUAAUGUUCUAUAAUAUAUGUACUAGAUACCAAAAAUUUUUGUUUAGUAUAACUAAUUCUCAUGUAUAUGAUAGACAUGCGAAAAUCAGUUAAUUUAAGAAUGAUCAACGAAGUCAAACUUGGUAAUAGUAUUCUCUUUUCAAUUUGGAACCCUAGCUUUCUCCAAUUGGCAGCCCUUGCUAGCUUUCUCUUACGAUAAUUGAUUUCAAAUUAGCUUAUUUUUCUUAGAAAAUGAGCUGAUCCAAAAAUUAUUUAUAUGCAAGUCUAAAAAUACAUUUAUACAUCAAUGGUUGAAUCUUCCAAUUUUGCUGUAAACCACUAAUUCCGCCUAAUCGGGGCUGGAGCAUGGGAGAAUGAAGAGUAAUGAUUUCAGCAAGAGCAGCUGGACGGACUCGUAAAGUGAGUCUUGCCCUGAGGAUUACAGAUUCGAAUCCUGUCUUCGCCUGUUUACAUCAGUGGUCACUAGUAUCACUGUAUCAGUCUGUGUACAAUUGAGUUGAAUAUCCAUGGGAACCCCGGUAA